AAAAAAAUCCAUCGAUCAGAACAACUCCACUGUCAAUUCACUCAAACACAAAUUCAAUCCCAAAUCUAAUCACCUUCAACAUGUCUGGCGCUAUCCCCACCUCCACCUCGGUUACCGAGUCGGCCGUCAUCAACGCCCCUCUCUCCCACGUCUGGCACUUCAUCAAGCUCCAGGACUUCAACAAGUUCUGGUCCGCUCUUGACAAGGCCGAGUACUCCAAGGGUACCUCUGAGGAGACCGACAUUGUCAAGUGGCAGUUCAAGGACGGCACCGUGAUUGAGGUCAAGCAGGAGGAGCACUCUUCCCUCAACCACUACAUCACCUACUCUGUCAUCACCGCCAACCCCGCCCUCAGCUACACCUCUGUUGUCAGCACCAUCCGCUGCUUCGCCGUCACCUCUGGCGAGAACGAGAACAGCACUUUCGUCCAGUGGACCGGCAACUUCUCCUCUGACGCUGAUGCCGGUGUCAUCGAGGACGCCAAGUUCAAGCGCCGUGAGGCUCUCGCCGACCUCGCCAAGGCCGCCAAGAAGAUGUAAAGGAAGAGAAUAGAGUCUACAAGCUAUUCGUUUGAGGAGAAGAAGAGAAGAAGAGAAGAAGACAAUAUGCAUGAAUUCCAUGAUUAUCACGAGCAUUGAGAGUGGCGGCUGAGUUUGCAAGACGCAUCGGUUUCAUACCCCCAUUGCACGUAGAACAAGAA